CGAGGGCACUUUGGUCAUCCAUGUAUUAUCCGUCCGCCUCAGCUGCCAAGUCUCUUUAUAUGAGUGGUCUUCGUUCAAAGACUGAGGGCUUUCAUGAAGUUCAUGUUGUUCAUAUGAGAUAUCCAAACCAAAAUUAUUCUUAUUAUUAUUAUUUUUUUCUUUUUGGUCUCAGAAGCUAUUAAAAGGAACUUGUCUUCCUUUUCUUCUUCUGCGAGCUAUUAUAGUUUCAGAUUUUGCUGGUUCUGCCUCGAAUCUUCUAUUUAGGUUUUCGUUCUUUCUCUGCUUCGCGUUUAGCAAUCACAAUCAGAUCCGUCGCAAAUCAUAGGAUUCAGUUGUCAUAGCAAUUCUACGUUGAAGGUUAUAAGUUUGUUCCUCUGAAUCUUAAUAUGGGGCUUUGCCUCUGUAAGUCUCGAGCUAAGGAUGAUGAUUCUGAUCAUCGUGUGGAGUUGGCUUCUGGAAACGUACAACUUAUUACCAGCAAAGAAUCAUGGGAUCAAAAGGUUGAAGAAGCAACAAGGGAUGGCAGAAUUGUGAUUGCAAAUUUCAGUGCUGCAUGGUGUGGUCCUUGUAAGGCUAUUGCGCCGUAUUACAGCGAGUUAUCUGAGAAAUACCCAUCUUUGAUGUUCUUGUUAAUUGACGUGGAUGAACUAGCUGACUUCAGCACUUCAUGGGACAUCAAAGCCACUCCAACUUUCUUCUUUCUCAAAAAUGGACAACAGAUUGACAAACUUGUAGGAGCCAACAAACCAGAGCUGCAGAAGAAGAUUAAUGCCAUUGUUGAACCAAUUUCCAGUUCCCAGAGUCAAUGGUGAUGAUUGCUGUUAUCUUUAAUAGGAAGAACUUAUAGAUUUUCUCCUUUUUUAAUGACUGGCAGAUUAUCGGUAAACUUUCUUUUGUAUUUUGCCGCUGAUGUAAAUAUGACAUUGCAUUUGAUGUUUUCCAUGUAAUUUGUGAUCAUUGUAUUGUUUCCUUUUUGGGGCCUCCUGUACUCAGUGUAUUACAAUGUGUUUGUUUUUUGUGAUAAGAAAAAUUAUCAUCUUGCUGUC